AUGGCGGCGUUGCUCGCUGGCGGCAGCGACGAGCGCCAGCAGAACAUGUUGGCGGUGAUCGCCAACAUCUUGUUGGUGAACCGGACGUUGCACCAGUGUUAUUUUACCCCUUACUAUUCUAACCAAGGGUUAGCGCACGUGAUCAACCACAUUUCCCAAUUGGAAACCCCUACUACCGACGACUUGGUGGCGCUGUACCGGUUCAUGUUUUUGAUUUUGUACGACGGCAUCGCCACCGUUGACACCGCGUUGCUCACCGCCGCCGCCGACUGUGUCGACCGCGGCCUCGAACACAUCAUCUCCCACUCCCUCGACCCGCCGGCGGUGAUCGAGGUGCUCAAGGCGAUGUACCUGUUGUAUCACAAGUACCCCGAGGUGACGCUGAACAACUCGUUGCUCCUCGCCGCCGGCUACUUCGUCCGCCUCACCUGGGGCGACGAGCCCCACCCGAUGGUGAUGCGCCAGUUGCGCAACGUCAUCACCGUGAUCAUGACCACCCACCCCGAGGCCCGCCGCCGCGACAUCCGCUACCUCUGCCGCAGUCUGCCCGAGCUUGGCGACGCCCUCAUCACCCACCUCAGCACCCACGUGAGCUCGUUUCUCACCCCCGGCCCCACCGCCGACUACACCGAUAUCCUGGGACUUUUCGUGCUUGUGACGUUCAUCGUCAAGCUGAUGCGUGAGGAAAAGGACUACGUGCUCGUCCAGAUCUUCCAGCGGGAUUUGUUGCCGUGUGACAACGGGGUGCCGCCAGUGUACCUCCAGAUCCUCCAGUUUUUGGGCCAGCUGAUGGUGAACCUGGACAUCAGCUUUAACGACGAAGUCACCCGCCUCCAGCUUAAGCAGAUCGUGCUUGACUUCUACUACGAGCUCUGCUACCACCCGGACCCCGCCAAACACUUCAGCCAGUUCCUCACCGCCAUCGGCUACAUCAACGCCCGGCUGUACCUUGAGGCUAAUAAUAUUGACACCCCGCCGGGGUUCGAUAUCGCCCAGUACUUGCGGCCGAAAUACCAAACGGUGGCCGCCCACGAAGAGGAACCCGCCGAGUCAGAGCUGGUCUUCUCUCACAACGCGCUGCUUAAGCUGAUCUUGACGCAUGCCCACUCGCAACUGCUGGUGGAGACGACCUCGACUGAACCGGUGGAGAUGCUGCAGGAAGAGAAAGAGCGAGAGGCAGAGAAGUUGAUGGUGGUGUUUGGCCGCUUAGAGAAGACGGGGGUGUUUAGCAACCCGAUCCGCGAGUGGCAGCAUCUGGGGCGGUUUGAGGAGAUCAAAUAA